AUGAACUGGCCGAGUGGUGAUGAUUCUAGACCUUUUCCUUCAUCAUACGAUAUUGGACCAGCGGUCGGAACAGGUACUCUAUUGGAGGCUACCCAAUCGCACGAGUGGAAUCAACAGAAUGGAGCUGUAUCUACAACGGACAUCCCGUUACUGAACGAUGAUCACGAGAAAGCGAUACUGAGCGAUCUGUGUAGGACGGCCGGGACGGAAAGUACGCCCCUGACCACGUUUAGCUACAUCAGCGAGUACAUCUGUUCGAACAACAUCGACAUAUGGCCAGGAGAGCUGCCAGGUUCGUCGGACGUGAGUGGAGGGAAGGUGAAUUCCGCAGAGCAUAACAUUGGUGAACAGCGAUUUCCCAGGGCCAGCUGUAUGCAUCAGCAGAUUUACUUCAAGUGUAAACGAGUCCUGGAGUCAAUCAUUACAAGAAAUGAUCAGAUACUGGCAUUGUUGCGCCACAAAAAGUCCACGAAUAAAGCUGUCAAGCGACUACUGUAG